AUGGGGUCAGCGUACAUAACGAUUUUCGAACCGAUGGGUGCUCGACGCUUGUUCCCAUGCUGGGAUCAUCCAACAUUCAAAGCUACCUUCAACAUCUCCGUCGUGCACUCACCCAAAGUCCAAGUCUUUUCGAACAUGCCGCAUAGGGAUGAAACGUCUAAUUCCUCCGGGGAGGAAGUUGAAAAAGUUCCGACACGAAGGACAAAAAGGACGGACUUCCACAUUACUCCUGUCAUGUCCACCUACCUCGUGACGAUCGCGAUUAUCGGCAACGUUGCAAAUAAUACGGCAGAAAAUAACAUCGAAUUGUAUUACACGGGGGACACGGGGAAACACAUGCGAAUCGUACGAAGGAUCGUUAGAGCGGCCAAUCGCUUUUUAAAUACUUACACACACCGCAUGUGCGUAAAUAUGACAUUGCGUAUUCUGUCGUAUCGAGACUUGCCGAGCAACGCCAUAGGAGCUUGGGGAUUUGCAGUUUUCAGAGAAAAUAAUCUCAUUUACAAGCGAAUCCUCGAUUUUCCCGGACGCAAAUUUGCAAUAUGGAAAACAGUAACUAGCCAAAUAGCACGACAAUGCAUCGAGAGUUUUGUCAGCCCAAUAACGUGGUCCCAACAGUGGUUUAGCCGUGCAUUUGCAACGUAUCUCAGUUAUAAAAUAGCUGGAAAGAAAGAAUAUGAUCCGGAUAUUAUGAUGCAAUUUUUUGUGGUACAAGUUAUAUUGCCUGCAAUGCAUAAUGAUAAAGAGCUAAGAAUGCCAGCUCUCACAGACGAUUAUGAUCCGUUUUAUUCUUCUCUCAUUCAUAAGAAAGCAUGUGCUAUGUUAAAGAUGUUGGAAGUUAUCGCCACAGAGGAAGUAUUGCAACGUGCACUUGCUCGGUAUAUACGGAAAUAUGCAUACGGCUCCGCUACACCAAUCAAUUUCUUGAGGAUUCUGCAGAAAAAAAUGCAAGCAUUACCUGAGGAACAUAUAGAUUCUUACUGGGAAAUAUCGAAGAUGAUGCAUAUGUGGUUCUCCCAAAGAAGUUUUCCAACAUUGAUUGCUGUACAAAAUGAUAACGACAAGAGUAUAGAUGUUGCAAUUCUUAGUUACAAAUACGACUGGCCAAUACCAAUAAUAUUCGGGACACCACCACAUAUUCGUUUCCUGCUAGAUUCCUCUCCUUUAAAGUUGACGACUGACGAUUUAUUGCAGAACGUUAACACUUCUUUCACUAUUCAAGGAGGCGAACCAGAAAAUUACUUUAUAUUUGACAGGCAACACUUCGGCUACUAUCGCGUCUAUUACGAUACUGGUAAUUGGAUGAAAAUCGUGAAGCAUCUGAAUAACGAGGAUCAUACGAAAAUACAUGUUCUCAAUCGUGCUCAAAUCAUCGAUGAUGCGUACCAUAUUCUAAUGGACGGAACCUUUAAUUAUAUAAUCUUUUACGAUCUGAUUAGUUACUUACAGAAAGAGACGAAUUUUAUAGUAUGGCACAGUAUGAUGAACGUUCUGCAUUAUGCGUCACCAUUCUUCAACAUCCCAGAAAGUACAUUUUUCAAGAAUCUCAUGUUGAAAAUCAUGGAUUCGGUUUUGAUGAAGAUAGGAUAUUAUGAGAAUCUUGAAGACGAUGAUAUGUUGAAAGCAUUGAGAUUAUUACUCCUGAAUUGGGCCUGCAGACAUGGGCACGAUAAUUGCAGAAAAAAAGCACACGACAAACUGAAGGUAUACAUCCAUGGUCCCAAAAAUGAAGGCACGUCGCCGUUGUGGAACGACUGGAUGUAUUGCGCGGGUCUGAUGCACGUACACAAUUACACUUUAUCUGAACUUCUGUCUGCUUUGCGCACACAGAACAAAGAUAUUUUUCAAUAUAUGAUUUGUGUCGAAGACGAUGACUUGCUCCGGAAAGAAGUAGAAAUGUUCCUACUCAAAACUGAAGCGACACAGGACGAAAGCGUUCAGUUAAAAAAAUUCUUCCGCGAUUUUGUGAAGAUGCAUGCUAGAAAACCUAAAAUACUCGAUUUUAUCUUGAGCAAUUUCAACAAUAUACUGCCAGGUCACAUGACCGCCGUGGAGAAAAUAACUCACAUUUAUAUGAGCGUGUACUCCAAGUGUCAACUUGACGAG